AGUGAAUUGCAGUGAAUACGCGGCUUACGAAAGCGAACGCAUGUGCAACAGCUACCUGUCUACGAAGCACCGAAUCCGAAGAGAUAAAAACCUCGGGGCUACUGAGAGCUACCGAUGGAUCUUUUUCUGUGUUUACACCUGUUUCUUAUUUUUGUUUCAACACUCGUGUGGGCCUAAAUCCUUAAACAGAAAGUUAACUUUAUUAGAUUCUAACCUAGCAAAAUAUCGACAUACUAAAAAUGCGUACUGUGACCAUAUGAUAGAAACAUUAAUCGAAACUACGAAACUUGGAUCAUCGUGGUUUAGUAAUUGUACAUACAAUAAGGAAACAACUGAGGAAAAACGUUUGAUCUAAAUUUUAGAAACAUACUUUGAUGGUCCAGAGAAUUGUAAUAAAAAUGCAAAUACAGUAAAUUUUACAUUUGAUUAAUAAUUUUUUUGUAAUACAAUAGAUUAGACAUAAGACAGUGAUGUCUGUCCCUUCUUCGUCAUCUAAUAAAAUAUCUAAUGGUAAACCAGGCGGUACAAGUCCUAGUCCUGUAGAAGGCAUUGAGGGUGUUCCAGGACCUAGUUCCUUGGAACCUAUGCAUUCUUUAUUACCGCAAGAUGAAGAAUCAGAAGAUUAUGGUGAGGAUGGUGAGGAAGAAGAAUAUGACAGUAGCGAAGAAGAAAGUGAAAUCAGUGACACUGGAAUGUUCUGUGAUGCAGAAUGUGAACCCGAUCUCGAAAGUAAUAAUUGUUCGCUAUCUACAACACAAUCGCAGUCUCUUACACAACAAGUACACAGUCCCAUUUUACACACUUGCGUACCCUUGGACGUUGUUCAGCCACAAAGAAAACGUAAAAGUGAGACAGAAUCGAGUUUACCCUGUAAAAAGCUUAAUCCAGAAGAUAAUAAAUCGCAUUCAAUGAUCGUUAAAAAAUUGGAUGAGAAAGGCAAACAUAUGAGAUGCGUUAUUCCAACAAAAGAUAAUCCACCACCUGAAAUGAGUAAUUGGCUUCUUCAGUUUCAGAGGUGGUCAAACGCAGAAAGAAUGUUAGCUAUAGAUGAAUUAAUUGAACGAUGCGAACCAACGCAAGUGCGGCACAUGAUGCAGGUGAUCGAGCCUCAGUUUCAAAGAGACUUCAUAUCAUUAUUACCGAAAGAGUUGGCCUUGUCGGUAUUAGCUUUCUUAGAGCCGAGGGAUCUUUUACGUGCUGCACAAACAUGUCGUAAUUGGCGAUUUCUCGCUGAUGAUAAUUUGUUGUGGAAAGAAAAAUGUAGAGCGGCUGGUAUAGAAGACUUGAAAGAUUUACCUCCAGUUAAACGUAAGAAUUGUAGAAAUUCUGGUAAUUCUUCUUCACCUUGGAAACAAGCAUACAUGAGGCAACAUAACAUAAAGAUGAAUUGGAGGACAAAGCCAAUCCGCACGCCAAAAGUUUUGAAAGGACACGAUGAUCAUGUGAUUACCUGCCUUCAGUUUUCCGGUAAUCGAAUAGUGAGUGGUUCUGACGAUAAUACUCUGAAAGUAUGGUCCGCCAUUACGGGUAAGUGCUUACGAACGUUAGUUGGACAUACUGGCGGCGUAUGGUCCUCACAAAUGUCCGGUACUACCGUAAUCAGUGGUAGUACGGAUCGUACUUUAAAAGUGUGGAAUGCUGAAACUGGUCAGUGUAUUCAUACUUUGUAUGGGCAUACCUCAACGGUGAGGUGUAUGCAUCUGCACGGGAAUAAAGUAGUCAGUGGUAGUAGGGACGCUACGUUAAGGGUAUGGCAAGUGGAUACUGGCGAAUGUUUACAUGUGCUUGUGGGUCAUUUGGCAGCUGUUAGAUGUGUGCAAUACGAUGGAAAAUUAGUGGUCAGCGGCGCCUAUGAUUACAUGGUCAAAGUUUGGAAUCCGGAACGUGAGGAGUGCCUUCAUACGUUACAAGGACAUACAAAUCGUGUUUAUUCCCUCCAAUUCGAUGGUGUACAUGUUGUUAGCGGUUCUUUGGAUACAAGCAUUAGAGUAUGGGAAGUUGAAACUGGUGCAUGCAGGCAUACGUUAAUGGGACAUCAAUCGCUUACUUCGGGAAUGGAAUUACGUAAUAAUAUUCUAGUAUCCGGAAAUGCUGAUUCAACCGUUAAAGUAUGGGAUAUCGUUAGUGGUCACUGCCUUCAAACUCUUUCUGGUCCAAAUAAGCAUCAAUCUGCUGUUACUUGCCUUCAGUUCAACAGCCAUUUUGUAAUUACUUCGUCCGAUGAUGGUACCGUGAAACUUUGGGAUGUUAAAACUGGUGAUUUUAUAAGAAACUUGGUUGCUCUCGAAAGCGGCGGAAGUGGUGGUGUUGUGUGGAGGAUACGUGCAAGUGAUACAAAAUUGGUGUGUGCAGUGGGUAGCCGUAAUGGUACGGAGGAAACCAAACUUCUUGUUCUCGACUUUGAUGUAGAGGUAAAAUAGUGCACUUUGCGGUGCAAAACACUAUCCUGCUCUAUGACUUCUGUACAUAUUCGAAUUAGGUAGCGUAAUCAAUCUACUGUACAAUGAUUCAUGUAUUACGUGGUGUGAUUGUGAUAGGAAUGUAUGUCGGAAACCUGAAAGGAGAUCGUAGAAAGUCAAACAAUGAAUCGAUAGUUGUAAAUCAGAUCUCCAAAAUGGUUUAGAACGUUUAAAUCGAAGGCAUUAAUUAUAUUAAUUAUGGAGUGUAUUAUUCGUGGUGUACAAAUGUGAGAUUUCAAAGACUCAACAAAUUAAGAAGAACGAGGAGCUUAACAGUGUAUUACUGUAUUAUUGCUGUUACAAAAUCUAAAAGAAGUCGCUGGUAAUUUUAAACGGUAACAGCCCGUCGUAAACACAUUAUUAUAAUUAUACACAUAACGAUUUGUAUGGGCGUUUAGGAAAGUAUUUUUAAACUAUAAAAAACAAAAUUUCGUACUGUAUUUAUCGAACUUAUAGAUACAAAUGUUGCUUGAAGAAUCUCAAAUUUGAAAAAAGUAAACAAAAAAUUCGAGUGAGGAAAACGAAAGAACGAGAAAGAAAAUUUGAAUAAAUAAAUAAAUAAAUAAAUAAAUGGUAAAUUUAGAUAAAAAAACAAAAAACAAAAAAACGACCAGAGUACUAAGGAUAUUCUUUGUAUAAUAAGUUCUUCGACUCUGUUGUAUUACGUAUGACUUAUUUAAAUUCUUCAUUUAUGUUGAUUAAAUUAAUUAUUAUGGGAAUUGUGCAUAAUUUAUUGGAUAAUAUUAUAAUCAAUAUUUAAUCAUUUCUUAAUGAAAUGAACAUUGUUUUCCACUAGAUUUAUUUCGUUUAACUUGCGCCAACUUUGAUUUCAUCGUUUAAACUGUUCAUGCACAAAUGUUCAUGUAAAAUCAUACCAUACUAUUCUAUCUACCUAUCUGUCUUUUCGAUUUUUAAGAACACGUUUUUUAAACUCGUAGCGAUUUCUAGCAUUUUAAUGACGCUAAUGUUGUGUUACAUUAGAAAUUAAAUCGUUUAUGUUGCUCGUUAAUCAGAAUGUUUGUGAACGUGUUACGUGAAAGGAACAGUUAUUCCCUUACUGCAGUCACUUUGAGUACAAAAGAAUAAAUACACUCAACAAAUUUUAUUAGUUUUUGUAAUAAGUAAAUUGUAAAAUAUGCAAAUACGCAUUUAUUAUAAUCUCGUUUAGCUAUCGAUAUAUAUAUUUAUAUAUAUAUAUCCAUAUGCAUCAGAAAUUUAAUAUGUCUAUGCAUUUUUAUAGUAUGUUCUCGUUAAACAUGUACUUGUAAUAAAAACAUUACAAACUUGAAGGCACAAAACAAGAAUUCCUUAGGGUAAUAAUAAACACAUCCUGUUAAAGCUAUAAAACGAUGUACAAUAUUUCGAGUGUUAAGAAAAGAAUGAUACACAGUAUUCAUGCAAGAUUAAUUUACUACUCAGAAUUCUUGUAUCUACUGAACAUUGAUCGAGUUCGCCUAUAUUACAUCACAUAUCACGAUAUGUAGAGAUCUUAUUGUUUCCUUAAUCAGUUGUACAAAUGCAAUCUACAAUGUAAAGUCUAUACUUUUCAAUUAUCAAAUACUUUUUCAAAUAUUUCAUUAAUUUUCCACGCGUGACACGUUCAGAGGACAGUCACUAUUCAUUAUUCACCGAUUAAUUAGACAACCAGGGUUAUUCAACAUUCGUGAUAAUAAUUUAAUUAAUUGGAUCAUCGAUAUUUAAAUAAAAUGUAUUAAUUUUGACAUUGGUAACAAGUCUGUUUUUGCCAUGGUGCAAUAAUAAGAGUUGCAAAUUUAUUCUGUGCAAUAUGCACGAAUCGAUUAAACAAAAUAAUAUCAAUUAUCAUGUGUGAAUAAAUAUAGACAAGUUACAAUCUGUUUCAGUUUAUUGUACAUUUUUAUAGCAAAUCAAUUUUUUAUACAAACUUUGUCAUUAUAGGAAUUAUGUAAGCGAAUAUGCAAACGCUAGAUUUCCGUUGACAAUAAGCUUCAUAAAUUUUAAUCUCAAUACAUAACACAGUUUGUGUAAAUGCAAUUUUUAUUAUUGAACCUAGGAUAUUUUAAGGAUCGUGUUUUUAUUUGUAUAUUGCUCAAUAGUUUAUAUUUGUAACAAUAUGUUAUCUGUUGUAUCAUUUUUUAUAAGAAAUAGAAAAUGUUGCUGCAUUUUAAA